GCAAACUCUUGCCAAUCAGGCGCUUCUGUUCGCCCUUCGUUCAACUGCCUCGUCCUCCUGCUCCUGCUGUCUGUGGCGCUCGAGCGCUCAUGCGCGGCUCAGCUUGCUCCGCGGCGCAUUGAGUUGGUACUCGAACGGCUGCCGAGUCCGCCUCUCUCCUCGCCCGUUUCCUCAUCUUACGUCACGUGGGUCUCACUGAUCGAUGUUCCCCAGAGAGAGUGAGCGAGUGAGUGAGUGAGUGACGGUGGUGUGGGAUUGAACGCGCGGGGGUCUGGGCUCGUCCGAGAGGGCCGCGAGUGAUUGAGUGAUUGAUUGAUUGAUUGAUUGCCGCAGGAGGUUGAGGAUUUGGGGUCCCGAUGAAUGUGAGGGCCCGGGGAAGGUAGUUACACGCGGGGUGGUCGGGAGGGCUCAAGUUGUGCAGUUGACCCAAGACAUUCUCAGGGCUGUGCGUGUAGGAAUCUUUGUCUGUGUCUGCAAUCUAAGAUGCGAGUGACUGACGAGCAUGAUCCAAUUGUGCUCGCCUGCCAGCCUGCGGCAUCAUUCGCGACGGCGCCCCGAGAUCUGCUGGCUUGCAAUGUUUGACCACGAUAAAAUCGAAGAAAAGUUGUACUCGGAUGCGGCAACGGACUCUGCAUAUAUCGAGGAGUAUGAUUCGAAAUGUGGCAGCGGGGUGAUAGGUUGGACCUCUUUUGGCAGAUUUUAUUGAGCUCCCCUCCUUAAGAGAGGAGGGGUGGAUGAGUGAAUGGCUUUGGACGUACUUGGAAGGCUGGGGUUCUUCAAUUGCGGGUCUGGCUCUGUCGUGACUCCUUGCUCUGCGUCCGCGAGGCUUUCUUCAGAGCUUGAACCCUCAAAACAGCGGAAUCGAUCAUGGUUUCGCUCCCCCGGAAGCGGCGGCUCCACUUGGGCAGUGGCAAACAUUCUCUGUUUCGACAAGGACACGAUACCUGAAUCCUUCAGAAAUGGCAGGCUUCGGUCUCGGGCACGGCAGAAGACAUUGCUGGAAGGUGCUAGCAGAAGUUCCCUGAGCAGUGCUGCGCGUUUGUGGAUUUCGAAAACCGCCGGGAUUCCCUCGAGUCGCACAGGUUGUCGCGGUUCCGUCUUGAAUGGUGGGUGGUCGGGGGGUGAGGUGGCUGGAGAAGGCCGCAAAUCCCUGCUCCCGAUUAAGAGGCAUUCGUCAUGCUCCUCUCAAUCACUGCCGCAGCAGCAGCGGAGGACGAAGGAUGCCGGAAGGGUGGUUUGCUAUUCUCACAGGAAGAGGAAUUUGGGAAGCUUGUUAGGCAGCCGAGUUGUGGAGGAGCCUUGGUCAUGGAUUUUAGAGGGCUAUGUCCUGAAAGGCCUCACUGGAAGGAGGAAUGACGGGCCCUCCGAAUUGGAAUUGGGCAGGGGUUCAUACCGCGGAGGGCCUGUCCACGGUGCAAACCACAUUCGCCCCCUUCAGAGACCAGACUCUGUACAUCCUCAGCCUCUCACAUCCGCAAGGCCGAGACGAGGUACAGAACAUGACGAAUUACCACUCAGGCGAACCCUUCGGAAUUGCAUUCCCCAUUCACGGGAUACACCACCUAAAAGAGACACGGGAAUAGCCAGUGAGAAGGACUGGGGCAUCAACUUGAAGAAUGAGAAGACAAGUGAGUCAGGGGUGAAUGAAGAUGGCAGUACUUGGUAUCGUGAAAGCGGAGAGGAUCUUGGAGACAAUGGCUAUCGUUGUCGCUGGACAGUUAUGGGUGGCAAAAAUGCGGAUGGAACUUCAGAAUGGAAAGAAGCUUGGUGGGAGAAAAGUGACUGGACUGGUUAUAAAGAACUUGGUGCCGAGAAGUCCGGAAAGAAUGCUCAAGGAGAUACUUGGUGGGAAACUUGGCAAGAAAUUCUCCGCCAGGAUGAUUGGAGCAAUCUUGCGAGGAUCGAGAAGAGCGCUCAAAAGCAAGCCAAAUCAGGAAGCGGCACUGCUGGUUGGUACGAGAAAUGGUGGGAGAAGUACAAUGCGAAAGGUUGGUCUGAAAAAGGUGCCCAUAAGUACGGCAGGUUGAACGACCAAGGAUGGUGGGAAAAAUGGGGUGAGCAAUACGAUGGCAGAGGAGCAGUUCUGAAAUGGACUGACAAAUGGGCGGAGACAGACAUGGGAACGAAGUGGGGGGACAAGUGGGAGGAAAGGUUCAAUGUUGGUAUUGGAACUCGGCAAGGAGAGACAUGGCACUAUUCUGCCACUGGUGAACGUUGGUCACGUACGUGGGGAGAAGAACAUUUUGGAAAUGGGAAGGUACAUAAGUAUGGAAAGAGUACGAGUGGUGAGAGCUGGGACAGUGUUGUGGAAGAGGGCACAUUCUAUCAGGCGGAGCCUCAUUAUGGAUGGGCAGAUGCAGUUGGAAACUCCGGACAGCUUCUGUCAAUUGUCGCUCUCGAAAGGCCACCGGGCAUAUACCCCGAUCUGGAUUUGGGCAUGAAUAAAGAGCAACAAUGAUUCUAUGCAGUCUCGACUUCUCUGUUUUAGUAGAUGUCGGAGUGUCAUUUUUGGUUAGAUUUGGUAUUUAUUGAGGCAUUUCGGAGGUCAACAUUAGCCUGCUGAAACUCGGACGGAACAUUGACCAGCAAUGUUUAUAGCAAUCCUCCUCUCGGCCAAAGACGCCAGGCUUUUACUGAGCUCUCGAUGUAACGAAUGAAAUUCAUAUAUCAACUAAGGAUCACCUUUUUCAGACCAAGUUUAUGUUCUGGACUGUUGUAGUGAGGAUCUGUCAUUUUGUUUUGCAUUCUGAAUGUGCCUUCAAAAGACCGCGCGACGUUCCUCUCCUCCAUACAGCUAUUAUCUAUCUUUGCUUAUCUGUGCAAUGCCGUUCAGCAGCGCAAUUUUGCACGGUUGCGGUUCCAAUUUACUGAUAAAGACUUUAUGUCGUCACAUCCUUCAAGAGAAAUUGGCUUGGCAGACACCUUCCUAUAAUUCUGUAAUGUACUUGACUUCUUGGAGGUGAUUCGACCGAAUGGACACUGAAGUAUUCUCACUUGCGGAUAAAAAAUUCAGUUACCUCUACACCUUACAGCGUUUGUUUUCAUUUGUUUCUGCCGCAUAAGAUUUUCUGCACUGUACGAUACUACAUCAGCUAAGUUUUGGCAGGACUUCCA